GACGCGGGGCGGCGGCGCCGGGGCGAGGAUGAGGCCGCGGCUGCGGCUGCGGCUGCUGCUGGCGCUGCUGUGCCUGGGCAGCGGCCUGCCUGCAGGGACGGGGAUGGAGGCGCGCUCUCCCGGGGACGGCCCCGCGCAGGGCGGCGGCGCGCCGCUGCGGUACCGGACGGCGGAGAUGGCGGACGCGAUGCUGGGCAGCGGGCUCCCCGCGCAGCAGGCCCCGGUGCUCUCGGGAGUGCCGGCGGAGGUGAGGGACGGCCCGGCGGCGGCUUGCGACGCGGCGGCCGGCGGCGAUGCGUGCGGGGCGGGGAGCGGCCCCGCGGACUCCCCGGACCCGGCGGGCAGCCACGGCCGGGAGCAGGCGGUGCUGGAGACGGUGCUGCCCGCGCCCGCCGAGGAGCCCAAUGGUACCGACAGUGCUAAAGCGCCCAAGGUGAACUGCGAGGAGAGAAACACAACUGGCAUCGAGCGCUUCACACUGCAGAUCCUGAACGUGUCUCAGGACUUGAUGGAGUUCUUAAACCCCAAUAGCAGUGACUGUACUUUAGUCUUGUUUUACACGCCGUGGUGCCGCUUUUCUGCCAGUCUGGCACCUCAUUUUAAUUCUUUACCGCGAGCGUUUCCAACUCUUCACUUCCUGGCACUGGAUGCAUCCCAGCACAGCAGCUUAUCAACUAGGUUUGGAACUGUGGCUGUACCCAAUAUCCUCCUUUUCCAAGGUGCUAAACCUAUGGCUAGGUUUAAUCACACUGACAGAACGCUGGAAACACUGAAAGACUUCAUUUUUAAUCAAACAGGUAUAGAAGCAAAAAGUGAGGUGGCUGUGACUGAGGCAGACUGGGAGGGCCCCCUGCCCAGCGUUCUGACCAAAGGCAUAGACUGGCUGCUUCUCUUCUCUCUGCUCUUCCUGGCCAGCUUCAUCAUGUACGCCACUGUUCGAACGGAGAGCAUUCGGUGGCUGAUCCCAGGGCAGGAGCACGAACACCAGGAGUAAUGGGAGAUGCUGAGAUGGGGACAGAAUGUCCUGCUCGUCGGUAAAGUGGGGAUGUCUAUGGACUAGGCAUGCCUAGGAAUGAACUGUUGAAUUUGUUGGCUGUAAUUUAUAAUCUUGACUAAAAGUCAGCUUUAUUUAUCAAAUGCUGAAUCUGUAAAAAGCAAACUCACAGAAACUGAUUUAAGUAAACAAAGAUGAGAAAACAUGAACUAAAAAAGUAUUUACUAA